AUGAUAUCCUCUAUCUUGGCAGAACCAUUGGAAAAUGGAUAUAUUUCAAAUGAAGACAUUACUAAUAAUGAAGAUUUGAGUUAUUACGAAAAAAACUUAUCCACAAUAAAUAAAUUAGAUCGUUUCAAUGUUAAAAUGGCUAAUAUUAAUAUCUUAAAUCAUGAAUUAGCUAAUAUUAAUAAAAUAAUUAAUAAAUCAAAUGGUAUUUCGAAUAAUUAUUUGGAAAGAUUAGUCACUGAAGAUGUUGCCACUAAAAAUAAUAUUCUAAUACCAAAUUCAAAAAAUCAUACUUCAAAAGAGUUUCAUUGGGGGUCUUCUCGUAAACCAAAUGCUAAAACUAAAUCAAAAUCAAGAAGAGUUUCCGAUUCAGAUGAUUCUCCUUCAAGUAAACGAUUUAAAACUUCAGAAUCUCCAAUUGAUAAUUCAUCCGGUAAAGUUAAAUUGAAAUUAACUUUGAAAAAUCAAGAUGCUAAAAAACGUAAAGUUCAAGAAGAUAAAGCUAGAGAAUUAAUUCGUCAACAAGAAUUAGAAAAACAAAAAGAAAAUCAUAAACAGAAACAAGUUAGUCAAACUGCUAAAAAUACUAAAGAACAAAAAGUUGUUACUAAACAAUACGAUAAUACUUAUGUUGCUAUUUGGAAAGAUAUGUCUAGAAAAGAUGGUCCUAAAGUUAGUAGAUUAUUACAACAAUCAAAUCAAGCUAAAGUUAUCAAUUUGAAAAAGACUGCAAUUUUAGCUGCAAGAGAAGCUAAAAGAUGGCAAUUAAGAAAUAAUAAAAAUCAAAAAGAUUUAACUACUAAAGCAAGAAGAGCAAUGAGAGAAAUGUUUAAUUUUUGGAAACGUAAUGAAAGAGUUGAACGUGAAUUACGUAAAAAGCAUGAAAAAGAAUUAUUAGAUAAAGCUAAACGUGAAGAAGAAGAUCGUGAAGCUAAACGUCAAUCAAGAAAAUUGAAUUUCUUAAUCACUCAAACUGAACUUUAUUCUCAUUUCAUUGGUAAAAAAAUUAAAACUGAUGAAAUUGAAGGAAGUGAUGCUGAUCCAAGAAUUUCAAAUGCAAAAAAUGAUAAUAGUCAUUUCGAUAAAUAUCAUGGAAUUGAAGGUCAAACGACUGAUUUCAAUUCUAUCGAUUUCGAUAAUGAUGAUGAAGAAGCUUUAAAUAGAGCUGCUGCUGCUAAUGCUCAAGUGGCUUUGGAAGCUGCUCAAACUAAAGCAAGAGGUUUUGAUUCCAACCAUAAUCAAGAUUUAGAUCUAAAUGGUGAUCCUUUGAAAAAUCCUGAUACUAAUGGUGAAGAAAUGAAUUUCCAAAAUCCAACUUUGAUGGGUGAUAUCACCAUUACUCAACCAGAUUUACUAAAAUGUUCUUUGAAAGAAUAUCAAAUUAAAGGUCUUAAUUGGUUAGCCAAUCUUUAUGAACAAGGUAUUAAUGGGAUCUUGGCCGAUGAAAUGGGUUUAGGUAAAACAGUUCAAAGUAUUUCAGUUUUAGCUUAUUUAGCUGAACAUCAUAAUAUAUGGGGCCCUUUUUUGGUUGUCACUCCUGCUUCAACUUUGCAUAAUUGGCAACAAGAAAUUACGAAAUUCGUGCCGGAUUUUAAGGUUUUACCGUACUGGGGGAAUGCUAAAGAUCGUAAAGUCUUGAGAAAAUUCUGGGAUCGUAAAAGUAUGAGAUAUGGAAAAGAUGCUCCAUUUCAUGUACUUGUUACUUCUUAUCAAUUAGUUGUUGCUGAUGCUGCGUAUUUCCAAAAAAUGAAAUGGCAAUAUAUGAUUCUUGAUGAAGCUCAAGCUAUUAAAUCUUCUCAGUCAUCAAGAUGGAAAUCUUUAUUAAGUUUUUCAAGUCGUAAUCGUUUAUUAUUAACCGGUACUCCUAUUCAAAAUUCAAUGCAGGAGUUAUGGGCUUUAUUGCAUUUCAUUAUGCCCUCAUUAUUCGAUUCUCAUGAUGAAUUUAGUGAUUGGUUCUCAAAAGAUAUCGAAAGUCAUGCCCAAUCAAAUACUAAAUUAAAUGAACAACAAUUGAAAAGAUUACACGUUAUUUUGAAGCCGUUCAUGUUGAGACGUAUUAAGAAGAAUGUUCAAAGUGAAUUAGGUGAUAAAGUUGAAAUUGAUUUGUUCUGUGAUUUAACGAACCGUCAAAAGAAGUAUUAUCAAAUGUUAAAAUCUCAAAUUUCAAUCAUGGAUAUCUUAGACACUACGAAUAAUGAUGAUAGUCAGUCAUUGAUGAAUUUAGUCAUGCAAUUUAGAAAAGUUUGUAACCAUCCAGAUUUAUUCGAAAGAGCCGAUGUUAAAUCAAGUCUUUCAUUAUCAAAAUUUGCUGAAACUAGUUCAUUUUUAAGGGAAUCAAAUGAAUUGGAAUUGAAAUAUUCAACCGAAAAUUUAAUAAGAUUCAAUUUACCAAGAUUAAUCUAUGACGAAAUUUUAUUACCAGAUUACGAUAACAACGUUGGAUCUAGGAAUAAAAUAUCUGAAAUGUUCAAUAUCUAUCAUCCUUCUAAUGUCAAUGAUCAUUCGAAUAAGACCUUCGAUUGGUUAAGAUUUGUUGAUAAAUCACCACAAGAAUUGAAUUCUAUAAGCCAUCAAAAUUUAUUGGAAAGGGCAAUUGAUCAUCAAAGUUAUAAUGAUUCAAAUUAUGAUGAAAUUAAUAGACUCAAAUAUGUUUAUGAUGAAGAUGAUAAAUUUAUCCCAGUACAUAAGAAGCUUUUGAUCAACGAUUAUAAUAAUAAUAGUGCUUCCAUUUCAAACUCAGUGCAUAUGAAGGAAUUAUAUUCAAUUCAAACUAAAAGUUACGAAGAUAUGUAUUUAAAUGUUUUACCUCCUGCUGCUGAACCAGUCGCAACGGCUGCACCCAUAACAUUAGUUUGCCACGAAGCUUCAUUCCCAAAUAAAUGGCACGACUCAUUAUUCGAUGAAAAAGUAAGAUCUGCUUUAAUGCCAUUGUCCCUCGAAAGUGAAUUGUCUUACUUGCAACAUAAUCAACCAAUCGAUUCUUAUCCAAAAUCAAACAUGUUGCCUAGAUCUACUAAUAAAUUAAUUGAUUACUCUAAUAUAAGAAUGCCAUCCAUGACUAGAUUCAUUACUGAAUCAGGUAAAUUGGCAACCUUGGACAAGUUGUUGGUUGAAUUAAAACAAAAUGAUCACCGUGUUUUAGUUUAUUUCCAAAUGACUAAAAUGAUGGAUUUAAUGGAAGAGUAUUUAAGUUACAGACAGCAUAAAUAUAUUAGAUUAGAUGGUUCCUCUAAAUUAGAUGAUAGAAGAGACUUGGUUCAUGAUUGGCAAACAAAACCGGAAAUUUUUGUAUUUUUAUUAUCGACCAGAGCUGGGGGGUUGGGUAUUAAUUUAACUGCUGCUGAUACAGUCAUCUUUUAUGAUUCUGAUUGGAAUCCAACAAUUGAUUCACAAGCUAUGGAUAGAGCUCAUAGAUUAGGUCAAACCAAACAAGUUACUGUUUAUAGAUUAUUGGCCAGAGGUACAAUUGAAGAAAGAAUGAGAGACCGUGCAAAACAAAAAGAACAAGUUCAACAAGUCGUUAUGGAAGGAAAAUCUACGUUGGUCAAUAAGAAAGAAGAGGCUGCUAAUAAGAAGAAAGAUGUUGCCUUCCUUUUAUUGGGUGGUGAUGAUGACAGUGCAUCCAAUUCGUCGAUUCAACCAGACUCAUCUGAUAAGAAGACUGUUGAAAGCGCUAAUGAUUCAGAAUCAAACCUUCAAGAUAAUGGAAAUGAUAGCAAAGAAUCCUUAGAUAAGAACUUGGCUGAAAUGUACCAUGAAGAUGAAGGUGAAUUUUCAAAAAAUCCUUCAGGAACUGUAACUCCAGGUAUUUAG